GUAACUUUUAGCGUUGAAAUUUUUCAUCUAAAUUCUCUCGUUUGUAUUGCUCUUUAAUAACAGGUAUUUAAGUGCAUUUUAAGUGAUAACCUUGACGUAAUUUCGCAUAAUAUCGUCGAUAAGUUUGAGAAUAUCCGUCAUAUUUUUCUACGUUAAACACACGUGGUUUUCAUGACAUUUAACGGUGACAGAUCGAUCGAUCAUUAAUUGACCCACUUGUUUUGGACCACGGAUCCUUGAAUCUUAAUCUCGCGAAAAUUCCACGCUCGUACGCAGACUCGCAAGUGAGCGCAGAACCUAGCCCCGCCGACGAGCAGCAGCAGAUCAGCGCAGAUUCAGCAGGAGGACUUCGCCGAGAUCCAGCAAUCCGCAAGGACAAGAUCAAUCUGAUAUCGAUCGAGGUGCAUCGUCGAGCACGAAGAUUUCUCAUCUAACUCAAUUAAAAAACCGCCAGACUUCACCCAACUGCGCCGACAUCGUAGAAUGGUAGAGAGUGAACUUAACUCAAAGCACAAUCAUAAGUGUGAUGUAAAAGACGAGCGGCUAAACGGCUGUGGCUCUAAGGAUCUCGAACUUGCCCGUAUUGGAACAGCGGGCAAGACCCUAGAUCCAGAGAAAGGAUCCAUUGUUAAAGCAGACUUCGAGAAGGCUAUUGAACUUGCCGACUAUGGCAAAUUUCACUACUUCCUCCUCACAGUAUGCGGCUUCGUCAGCACCAGCGAGGAGAUGGACGUAAUCUCUAUGUCCUUCAUCCUACCUAGUGCACAAUGUGACCUAAAGCUCGAUACCCAAGCCAAGGGAUGGCUCAACUCGAUCAUCUUCAUCGGCAUGAUGGCAGGUGCUUAUGCCUGGGGCUCUGUAGCGGAUGCCCUAGGCCGUCGGAAGGUUCUCAUCGCCAUCUCCUUCACGAAUGCACUUUGCAUCGUUGCCUCCAGCUUCAGCCAGUCCUAUGAACUGUUCAUGUUCUUCCGUUUUCUAAAUGGCGCCGCACUUGGCGGCAGUGGACCUGUGAUCUGGUCAUACUUUGCUGAAUUUCAACCAAAAGCAAAACGGGGCUCGAUGCUGUCCUUUAUGGCUGCAUUCUGGACACUUGGAAAUCUUUUUGUUGCUGGUUUAGCAUGGUCGAUCAUCCCUAAUGACAUUGGUAUCGUAAGUCCAUCGUUCACAUAUAAUUCUUGGCGAAUCUUCCUGCUGAUCUGCGCUGCUCCAUCGUUUAUCGUCGCGGGGCUGCUCCUACUGCUCCCUGAAUCCCCCAAAUACCUCUUGUCCUGCGGAAGACAUGAGGAAGCGCUCGAUAUCUUCCGCGGGAUCUAUGCCAUUAACACUGGCAAACCGCGUGAUAGUUACACGGUAAAAGAAUUAAUUUUGGACGACUUCCAAGAACCGGAAACGAAGAAGAGUACCAUUGAGAAGAAUAAAUACAAAACAAUGCUCGCUGACAUUGUAGACAAUAGCAAACAACUGUUCAUCUCGCCGAUACUUCGUUUCACCAUGAUAUCCAUCAUCAUCAAUUUCACAUUUCAUAUUGGUUAUUACGGUUUGAUGAUGUGGUUCCCGGAAUUGUUCAAUCGUUUCGACGAAUUUCACCGCGAUCACCCUGACAAGAUCGCUUCGAUAUGUCAAGUGACCGACUACGUAGUUGAAAAGGGUUCUCAGAAUGUCGAGAAUCUUUGCUCGGACAAAAUCGGCGCCUCCGUUUUUAUGGAAUCGUUGAUCACCGUUGCGUCCGCCAUACCUGCGAAUAUCGUUGCUGUUCUAGGAAUGGAUCGUCUUGGUCGCAAAUUCUUCUUAGUGUUCAGUACAUUUUCAUCGGGGCUCUGUUCAAUCGGAUUGUACUUCGUAUACAAUAAGCAUCAUAAUCUGAUCGUUUCGGCAAUUUUCAGCGGCGUGAUAAGCUGCGGAAACGCGGCCUUAGAUUGUCUAAUAACUGAAGUUUUUCCAACGCCACUACGCGCUACGGGAAUUGCUAUUUCCAUGGUUGCGGCACGUCUCGGUGGAAUUAUCGGUAACAUCGUAAUCGCUCAACUCUUGGACAUGUAUUGUCCAGCGCCAACUUUCAUCGUUGCUGCUCUUCUAAUAGGUGGAGGAUUAUUGUGCUUAUUCUUACCAAACACAACUCGGGAACCGCUUUCUUGACACCAGUGGAGAAUUAUAUCAGACCGAUUGAACCGAUGUACAGUACCUUUCAAUAGAUGCACUUUUCAAAUUGAUAAACUUAUCACGUUUCAGAGCGUUGUACGUUCAUAUAUUCGUUCGCAUUUAUUCAUGAAACGAUUCAUUGUGAACAAUGUACAUCCCGACGAAUUGAGCAUCACAUUUCUAUUUUACAUAUCAAUCCUUGAAUGAUAAUAAACAACGUAGUAUUAACAAUUAGAAUUCAUAGUAGAUAGUAGAUGAUAUUUUUUUGAGAAUAAAUGAAACAAGAAUGCAGAAUUUCCUACAUUUUUUUCUUUGUAAAGAAAUAUAAAGGCGUUAUGCUAUUUCUGUCAUAUAUUCAGUACUAGAUAUUCGAUAGAACGUCGAUGUCACCCUCCAAUUGUGUGUGAAUUUUGUUUACUGUCGUUAAACGUGAAACGUAGAGAGAUGUACCAUCGACAUCUACCGCUGAUUAUUCAUUUUGGUAUUUGUAACAUUUUUGUUAUGUACUUUUGUAUCUCUCUGUCCAUAUUUCAGACGUAGCCAUCAUAUUUAUAAGGUGUAACAGUUACGAGAUGUUUGAAAUGUAAAACAACGGUGUAACAAUGAAAAAAAAAAAGUAAAGAAACUUAACUAAAUUUUUUACUUUACAAAUUACCUAGUAACCUUUUAGAUGUAAUUAUUAUGAAAUAUAAAACUGAACGUAGAAAAUACUUAGGAAGAGAAUGUUAAAUACCAAAGAUUAUGUAAUAAAAGUUUUGAAUUUUAA